GAGGCACGUGGGGAUUCUUGGCCUUCUUCAGUGGAAGUAACGCUAAAAAUAGGCAUCAAUCUCAUGCUGCAGAAGGUGCUAUCAGUGGCUUUCCUAGCAGGCCCCAAAUGGCCUUGAACAGCCCUGAAAAAGAGCGCUGCUCAGCACUUGCAUGUCUGGAGGAGGUCACACCUCUCACCGUGAAGGUUCUGCAGAGGGGAAGGGAGAACUGAACCUGUGGGCUCUGCACACAUGAGUGGUUGUGCUAUGUGUCCUUAAGGUUGCCAGAGAACAUAAAAAUAUCGCCAGUCUGUUUCUGAGCCUCAGACGGUUAUGGGUGCUUAUGACCAGUCGCGAGUAUGUCAUUUUAAAAGACAUAUAUCCACCUUGUCUUAACAGCAUGAUCUCAAGCUUACAGUGAAUAAUGCAUUGGAACAUGCACGAACUGAGGAGGAAAAAGGAAUUGAGCUGCUGUUGCUUUAACGAGUGGAUUACUGCCACAUCCCUGAGAUAUCUAAAUGAUGGUUUUGUACACUCGUCAUGACAUGUGGAUGAACUGCAGGAUCAAAACUUUCCAUUCUAAUUGAAAUAACAAGAAAAGUCAUCUCACGCGCUCAGACAAACUGUGGUUUCAUCAGCUGCCUUCUUUUGAUCUGCAUAACAGCCUCCCCAGGUGAAGAUGUCUAACAAUGGAGUUGAAACAGAAGACAAACCACCCGCUCCUCCGAUGAGAAAUACCAGCACUAUGAUUGGAUCGGGAAGCAAAGAUGCUGGGACUUUAAACCAUGGUUCAAAACCUUUGCCUCCCAACCCAGAAGAAAAGAAAAGGAAGGAUCGAUUUUACCGAGCUAUUUUACCAGGAGAUAAAACCAAUAAAAAGAAAGAGAAAGAACGGCCAGAGAUCUCCCUCCCUUCAGACUUUGAACACACAAUUCAUGUGGGGUUUGAUGCAGUCACUGGAGAAUUCACAGGAAUGCCAGAGCAAUGGGCACGUUUACUGCAGACUUCCAACAUCACAAAGUCAGAGCAGAAGAAGAACCCCCAGGCAGUGCUGGAUGUAUUGGAGUUUUACAACUCCAAGAAGAUCUCUAACAGCCAGAAGUACAUGAGUUUCACAGAUAAAUCAACAGAGGAUUACAAUUCAUCAAAUACUUUGAAUGUAAAGGCUGUCUCUGAGACUCCUGCAGUGCCCUCAGUGUCUGAAGAUGAAGAUGAUGAAGAUGAUGCAGCUCCACCCCCUGUGAUAGCUCCACGACCUGAACACACAAAAUCUAUAUACACUCGCUCUGUGAUAGAACCUCUUCCUCCUCCUACCAGAGAUGUGGCAACCUCUCCUAUUUCUUCUCCCACGGAAAACAGCACCACAGCACCUGACAUGCUGAUCAGGAACACGGAGAAACAAAAGAAAAAGCCAAAAAUGUCAGAUGAAGAGAUCUUGGAGAAAUUAAGAAGUAUCGUGAGUGUGGGUGAUCCAAAAAAGAAGUACACGUGUUUUGAGAAGAUUGGACAAGGAGCUUCAGGUACAGUUUACACGGCAAUGGAUGUAGCUACAGGACAGGAGGUUGCAAUCAAGCAGAUGAAUUUGCAGCAGCAGCCCAAAAAAGAACUGAUUAUUAAUGAAAUCCUUGUGAUGAGGGAAAACAAGAACCCUAACAUUGUCAACUACCUGGACAGUUACCUUGUAGGAGAAGAGCUCUGGGUGGUCAUGGAGUACUUGGCAGGAGGCUCCCUAACAGAUGUUGUGACAGAAACCUGCAUGGAUGAAGGACAAAUUGCAGCUGUGUGCCGAGAGUGUCUUCAAGCUCUGGAAUUCCUCCAUUCGAACCAAGUUAUUCACAGAGACAUCAAGAGUGACAACAUCCUGCUGGGAAUGGAUGGCUCUGUCAAACUGACUGACUUCGGUUUCUGUGCUCAGAUCACUCCUGAGCAGAGCAAACGCAGCACCAUGGUGGGGACCCCAUACUGGAUGGCACCUGAAGUGGUGACGCGGAAGGCAUAUGGACCCAAAGUGGAUAUCUGGUCGUUGGGAAUAAUGGCCAUUGAGAUGAUCGAAGGAGAACCUCCCUACCUCAAUGAGAACCCCCUGAGAGCCUUGUAUCUCAUUGCUACUAACGGGACUCCAGAACUGCAGAAUCCAGAAAAGCUUUCACCCAUAUUCCGAGACUUCUUAAAUCGCUGUCUUGAAAUGGAUGUGGAAAAGAGAGGUUCUGCAAAGGAGCUGCUACAGCACCAGUUCCUGAAAAUUGCAAAGCCUCUAUCCAGCCUGACUCCUCUGAUUAUUGCAGCUAAAGAGGCAGCCAAGAACAACCAUUAACAUGGUGGGCUCAAACCAGUCGUCGUGUCAAGAUUUUUAGAUGUUCAUUUCAGAGAAUGAAUUGCCUGCAUCUCUCCCCUUCUGCUCCUUCUUCACAGGGGUGUUCUUAAAACUUUGAUCUGCCCUGGAGUGUGGCAGAGGUAUUGUUCACUGGAUGUGAAAGGGCGUGCAACAGGGAUAUUGCUGGUCUUAAAUAGCAAACAGUCUUUCCAUCCUCGUGGUGGGGGUGAGAGAGGAAGAGUAUUUUGUAUGGUUGAGAAGAUCUUUCUGAGAAUGUCUGAACCUGACCUACACAUAGCGAAGCCAGUUUGUUUCCGUAUUUCUUACUGUGUUUAUUUUUAAAAAUAAUGUGGAGCCUUAGACCAUGUUUAUCUUAAUAAAUUAAAUCUUUUGCUGGCUGGAUUUUCCCUGCUUCUGCCAAGCUGCUGCUACACCACUGAGGCUGCUCUGUGCUUUGAAUGACUUGAGGGAAGCAAGCAGGCAGCAGAAAUGUGAACAGCUGUAUCAACUGAAAGGGGAACGAGGGUGUAAAUACACGUCCCUCCUACAACACUGCUGGGUGCUUUGAGGGAGCACGGAGAAAGCCUCUGUGCUUCCUGAAGCCACUGGAGAACUUAAUGAAUAAUAUUUUUGCCAAAUUCUGUGAAUUGGAGCCCUCUCUUUAGUUUCAACUCAACUAGUUAAACCAGUUUCAAAUAUUGCUGAUGUUCUGGAAGGUAAAUCACAGGAAAAAAUGACAGCAAGCUCUUUUAGGGUUGUGAAGCUUCUUAGUGACCCUUGCCCUGUAUGAUAAAGCAAACAGAGCAAUUACUGUUAUAAAGAUAAGACUCACCCGCAAAAUGAUGUUGAAAACUUCUUUCUUGGAGCAAGUCUAAUGGAAAACAAACUGAUUGUGGAUGCUGCUUUCUUGGAGACGUGGGGACGUUAAUUUUUUUAAAUGAUAGUAGUUUCUUUAUGCUACUGAUGCCUUUGUUUGCUAAUAGUCUGUAAAAUAACAGAAAACGUGGAACCUCUAGAGGAAUUGGUUGUAAACACUGGGCUUUUGUUCAACUGUAUACUGAUUUUUAAUAAAAGGACUGACGAGUUUCUUAACUUGAGGCUGAUGGAAGAUUGGAGAGUUCACUGUCAUCAGACAAGUCUGUCAGAUGAGAUUAUUGUUCGUAUUGUCACCAGUUGCUGGAAUGUGUUGUAUGAAGUAAUAUAUAACUUUGUAUCUUACCCUUUCUUCUGCAGUGCUUUGCAAUAGCAAGUGGCUCUAAAGGGAGUAACUUUAAGCAUAGAGAAAAUUGAUAAAAGAUCUGUAUUAUAAUUGCUGCUUUGGUCAUUUAUGGGAUGAGUUUAAACCUGUUCUGGAGUAACCUCAUCUCUUUCCAAAGCACUUGUGUUGCACAGAAACUCAUUCCUGCUUCUUGUAUAGACCUGCUGCUGGCUCAGCCCUUUCUUCCCUGCACCUGGAUUUUAAUUCAAAUGUUUUUCUCCUAUUAGCUCCAUAAUACCUGACAGCUCUUACACUGGUUUAAUUGAGUGUAGAUAGAGUCUGUGAGGUCUUCUGCCUUCUCCUGUCCUUUGUGCUUCAAGGUGGUCACUGUUUGACACAAGUCUGAAGUCCAUUGCUGAAAUCUGCAGCCCCUCUCACUUUGUGUAUAUGCAGCUUAUCUUCUUGUAGUAUUAAGAGUUUCCCCUCACAAAACUUGUAUCCAAAGGCAAAAUAGUAAAGCUGCCAGCCAGGAGAGGGAUAUGGUCUGUUGGUGAGCUUUGGUGAAGCUUGGUCUGCUUGGAGCUUUGGUAAAGAAGGUUGUGAUAUGGAAGGCCAAUACCCUUGAAUAAUUCCCUUUGAUACAGAAUUUAUAUUUCCUCUGGAAGAGUCAAGAUGGCAUAUGUGGGAAGAAAAGAAAGAAUUAGGGGUUAGAUCCCACUUGAUCUAAAAUCUCAUAUGGCUCAGGACAGAUUUGGCAAUUGACUUUUUUUUGACAGCACAGUAUUAGAUCUGAUUUACAAAUGUGUUUAAUGUUUCUGAUUUUUUUUUAACUCCUUUCCCUAUUCCAUCUUCUGCAUCCCAUUGGCAUGAGAACCUCAAUGCAGAUACGCCCUGAGAGCACACAUGUGAGAAGUCCUGCAGCAGGACUUCUGCUAGAUUUCCCCAAAGACGGUAGAGAGUUAUUUGUAUGUCUUCAAGAUGCUCUUCUGCAUUCUCUGUAGCAUAGUGGAAAGGACAUGGCAGGAACGGCUGUUUAUCCCUCUUAUGGUUUCUCUUAGCUGCUGGAGAGAGGGUUUGCCAAAAGUCUUUCGUUCUCCACCGGGGAGCUGCAAGACUGCGACCACAGAAGUGUCCCAGGCUACAAUGCACUUGGACCUAGUUUCAAGUUAACAGGCACAUCAUGUUUUUAUGCUCUUAGAAAAUCUUUAUAAAAAUUCCUGACUACUGUAAGUUUAGGAGAAUGGGAUUGUGUUGUUUUUGUUACUCUGAGAUACCCCCUUUCCUCCACACUCUCUCCAUGCAUCGCUCAACAUCAGUACCUGUGAUAGAUUUGGUGUAGCCAUUUAUGGCACCGUCCUGUCUAUGAGGGGCUCUUAAAUAGCGACUCUGAUUUAAAAAUUAAACCUCUGGGGCUUAUUUUUUUGAAAACGUCUUGACUCUGCUGUGAUUUGGAAGCAACUCCAACUAGAGAACUUCUUUGGUGGCUUUGGGUUUGUUUUUUUUUUUUUUUACAUACUUGAUGAACUGAUUUGCCUGAAUUGAAAACAUUUUUAAUCAAACCCCUUAAUAAUUUAUGUGUCUGAUAAUAAUGAAGUCUCUCUUCUGUGUUAGGCCAUGAAAUAUUAAAUUGAGUAUCCUUUCAGAAAAUUGGCUUCCUUUUUGAGGGAUCUCAAGCAAUCCUAUACUAAAAAUGAUAUAACAUGCUACAACUUACAAAGCGCUUGGUGGAGGGAGGGGCUGGAACUCUUAUGAAACACAGAAGAUUGUCUUAUUCAAGAAGUAACUAGUAACGUUGACAAGAUGCUUCCUGUAUUUCAAGAAUUGAUGUUGAUUUACCUCUAGGUUUUCUUUAGACAAAUAAUUGAUUCGGGUUUCACCAGGGCCAAGAGUUUGUGUUAGAGGUGUGCACAGAGUCCUGUGUGCCUUGAAGAAGGCAAGUUGUGAUGCUGAGAUUGAGGAGCUGAGGUGGGGAUGGAGGGGAUGGCAGUACUUGCUAAUUUAGUUGCAGCAGCGGUAGCACACCUUUAGCCAUCCCUAAAAUGUCUUAAUUGAAUGGAUGUGUUUUUAAAGGACAGAUCUGGCUGAUGAUUUAUUACAGGUUCUUCUCUAGACAGGCAUUAUGCUCCUACCAAACUGCUUCCCCCUUUUAAACAAAAGGGGUGCACGGUUUUCUGCAGCAAGGAGGCUCCUUGAGAAAGGAGGUUUCCAUGGAGACACUUACUUGACUUAAACGAUCUGGUUAGGGCUUGAGAAGAGGCUUGGGGGGGCAAACACUGCAUUGACACAAACCCCACUGUUUUGCAAAGCAACUGGGAUUGCUGCAGCGUUUUGUUUCCAACUUGAUGCCCCUUUCCAGGGGCCUGGUUUUGAGAAAGUGCCAAAUAUGUUGUUUGGUCAGCAAUGUGAGGCGUGUAAAAGGCUGCUGUGUCUUAGCUGAGUUGUCUGUUACUAUCCCAAUUCAUCCGUCUCUCAAAAUGCUGCAGGUUGGUAUAAGUAGGGCACGUUUGCAGCGAUGUACUGUUCAAGAAUGGAUUGCAAUGGCCUGUAAAUAGCUACUGGCUUCCUUAAAGCCUGCCACCAUUGGCUGACGGUAAAAUUGAUCCAGACCAAAGUCCAAGAAUAUUAUUUGCUUGAACCUGAUUCCUAAUUAAGAGCUUGUAUAAUUCAUUUAUUCAGUGGAUAACUAUGUAUUCAAUGUAAAAAUUGUUAAAGGUAAAAUCUGAUUCUCCAUUUUUCCACUGUAAAAUAAUGGGACUUUUUAAUGGCUUCUUAUUUCAACAGUAAUAGACAAUCUGUAGAUAUAUUUUGGGUCUGUAAGCCCAACUGGAUCAAGCGUAUGGAUAAUCAAUGCUCUAGGAUCUCAUUGUUUGUUGUUAAUGACAUCUCACAAUGUCAAAGAUGGGAUCUUGGAGAAGCAGCUGCCAACUUGGACAGCGAAUAGCCAACAGUAACGAAACUGCAAUACAGAUGGGAGCUGGACAGAAGCUCACCACCAAAAGGGAUGCCUGCAGAGAAUUGGCGGGAAGAGCUAUAGAAGAUGAUGGAGUUGAUCCAAGGGGUGCUGGAGCAGGAUGAAGUAAAGGUUAAAACCUCAAUUACAGAAUUACUGAGGAGAUUGAGGGAGUGCCACAGCAGCCUGCUGCCUCUCAGAACAGCAUCGGCUGAGCUAGAGGAGCAGAAAGAAGCCUGGAUAAGAAAAUGUGCCACAAGUUGAGACUGGAGCAGCAAUAUGGCUUUGACUCACAGCCCAUGCUAAGAGAGGUGGAUCUAAUCCAGAAGGUUAACAAAAAUGACAAAAUUCAGCCAAAACAGGAAUGUGGGAGCUACAGCGGAGGAGAUGGCCUUGAUGUGCCAAAGAACUGAAGAGGCAGGCCAGAUUUCACGGGUACAUGAAACAGCAGAAGCAAAUUUAACUCGAGCUUCUGUGGACAACAAGCAGCUUGUUCCUGUUGCCUUGCAGCAGUGGUACAGUGUCUUUUUUGUGAUCUGCACUGUUUUGGGAUUGUGUCAGCAGCCAUCGGGCUUUGGUCUUGUGUUUGUAAAAAGACUUUUUGCUCUGCAUCUACUGAUUUCUGACUUCAAUUUUCGUCUGUUGGAUGAUGUCUUUAUGUCAUGUCCCACCUGGUAGUACAGGGACUGUUGCCAUUUCAAAAUCAGCUAGAUAAUGUGUUUCUCUUUGUACUGCUUUGGCUUGACUCUCCCGUAGUGCCAGGUUAACUCUCCUGUAGUGCCAGGUUUGUUUUAAUAUGUGAGGUCAGCUCAGCCAUUUUAAAAAUAAAAAUGAAACCUUAAAUAAA